UAUAUAUGAGUUAGGUUUUGGCGUUUGGAACUUCCCGUUUCUCUCUUCUUACCUCGAAACUUACUUCCGGUUCGUCUUCGCCUCUUCUUCUCAGUCUUCGCAGAUCACAGUUCGCCCGCCGGCCGCCGACCACCGGGCGCCGUAGCAGCAGGGAGACCGGUGAGGCGGUGACUCCUUUCUGGCGUUCUCUGUUUUUCCUUCUCUCAUUUGAUUCGACACUUCCAGCAGCAGUUUGCCCAGAAUCGUUCUUUGCCCAUGCUUUGAAAGUUUCAUUUUGCAAAAAGCUUGAAAAUUUCAGCCUGCAAAGGGAAGACCCCCUCAUUCUUGACCUCCCAAUUGAAAGUUGAUCUAUAAUGUCAUCAUUAAGAAAUGCUAUCAAUAGACGGGCUCACAAAGAACGAGCUCAGCCGCAUUCGAGGAAAAAGUUUGGGCUUCUCGAGAAGCACAAAGACUAUGUCAUACGAGCAAGAGCAUUUCAUAAGAAAGAAGAAACAUUACGGAAACUCAAGGAGAAGGCAACGUCCAGGAACCCAGAUGAAUUUUACUUCAAGAUGAUAAAAACAAGGACUAUUAAUGGAGUCCAUAAACCAGGGAUUGAGCCCAACAAGUACUCUCAAGAGGAGCUCAUGCUAAUGAAAACUCAAGAUAUGGGAUAUGUCCUUCAGAAAGUUCAAAGUGAAAAAAGGAAAGUUGAAAAGCUAAGUGCUGAGUUACAUUGCCUUGAUGAUCAACCAUCAAACAAACAUAUUUACUAUGCUGAAGAUAGGGAAGAGGCCAAAGAAAUACGAUCUCGAUCUUCACAAGGAGGAAAAUUACCUGCCUUAGAGGAUAUUCCUGAUCAUAUAAAAAGGAGAACAGCUGCUGCUUACAAGAGACUUGAGGAUAGGAAGAAGAGAGUAAACGAUUUGGAGAAACUAUACAUGGACAUGACCUUGCAGAAAGAAUUGCAGAAAAAGGGUCGGAAACGCAAACUCCAUGAUGAUGAAAUUGUCAAUCCAACCUCGAGACCUGUAUAUAAAUGGCGAAUGGAAAGGAAACGCUGAUGAAGGGGAGUUUGGAGCUGGAUGAAAUCAAAACCCUGUCUAUCCAAGGCCCAUGAUUUCUCGAGGCUUUAUUUCAUUUCCCCGGUUUGACCAAACUAUGGAGCAGAUAGAAAAAUGAACUGACAGGAUAACUCAGGAUCCUCUCUCUCUCUCUUUCUCUCUCUCGUUUUUCUUUUUCUCGGAGCUGUAUGAACAUGAUUGCUUGAUGGCAAUUGACAACAGUAGCAACAAAUAUAAAUAUACAUUAUUAAUUAAAGAGAUUGUCGACUUGUAUGAACUUGUCCAAUAGGGUGCUAAUGUUUCCA